CACAGGGGAGCUGUCAGUCACCAGCAGCUUACAUCUCACUCUAUACACAGCAAUGGCUCAGAUGCUCCAAUGUUUAACCCGUCUGUGAAGGGGUCAUUUGCAACAUCUGGAAUUCAGCGGAGAGUCGUUCAGGAUUUCAAUCAUGUGGAGAGGUGCAAGGACUCCCUGUACAUGGGGACGCCACCGCGGGGCUUCAUGGACCCAAAGCUGAAGAAGAUCUGCCAAAGAUACGCAGACAGACCUCGCUACGUGACCCUGUACGACCCUGCGAAGAGGAUUCCAGUUUACUCAGCGUAUACCUUCAAGAAGACAGAGGGGGACAGACGGGUGGACUACCCUUGGAUGUAUGAGCCACAGCUGGCAGAAAUGGAUGGCAACGGGAACAUGCUGCCCUUCCCCACAGGCUACCUGCACAUGAAGUUCGAGGACAGCCAGGCCGUCCUGGACGACUACUCUGACGUGGUCCUCUACGAGAGAGCCCACCUGAACCCUGACCAGCACCAGUCCACCCCCCACGACCGUGCCGCCACCUACACCCUGACCAAUGUGGUCCCAGAAAUGCGCGAGUUCAACAUUGGGCCUUGGCGCGAGUUCGAGGAGCGGAUCCGGAUCCGCCUCAACAACUUCUGCCGCGGCACAGCCUUCAUCGUGACCGGGGUGACCACCAGGGGGAACAUGAUCCAUAGAAACAACCAGGGCCGCGUGGCCAUUCCCGAGGACGUGUGGUCGGCCUACUGCUGCACCGAGUAUGACCGGAACUCACCGCACGACGUCCGCAUCCGCUUCCCGUCCUACGCGGCCUUGGCUAAAAAUGCCAAAGAGGGCAACAGCGUGCACGAGAUGACAGUGCAGGAGCUGGAGAUCUUUCUGAAAAGCAACAUGGACGUUGAUCAGAACCUUCAGCUCUUUUAUGACAACUGCAUCUCUCCAUCACCACUUCCUCUCUACUUGCAACACACCAUCUGAAAACCACUCCACUUAAACCUUCUGUGUGCAUGUGGGUCUAUAUUUGUCAUCAUAAAUAUCAGUAGACAUAUAUGUGCUUUUUAUUUUGUUAAGAAAUAAAAUGAUCCAAGCAUCUUCUGUAGUAGAAAUAAAAAAAAAAUUGCACCUCAGUUAUUCCAUGAAAGAGUUUUCUAUUAAGUGCUUGAUAACACUAAAUAAACUUCUGCUAAGCAAAUAACAUUGUCUUUUACCAGAUCCCCAAACAAUUUCUACUGAUCUGCUUUGUUGAGACAAUCAUUAUUAUGCAAA